CCCCACCAUCAAACCCAACUUCAACUUGGAGACUUGGUGUGUAAGAGAACGAGAUUGGUAUCAUGGCCGGAACGAGUCUAAUUAAACAAACGGUAGAUGCAAAGCGUUCAUGAGAACGGCCUUGCGGAUGAAAAUUUGACCUCCGUUCCACCCGCAUUUGUGAUCACAUACAACUUUGCUUCGGGCACAAGGCCCCAAGGGAACCAGUACAGUUCAAACCCGGUUGGUUUCAUUAGCGCAGAAAUCAGGUAUCUACGCUUCUCCUUUCACUUGACCUUCUAUUUCAUAUAGGGUGCAUGCCUGUGCCAUUCUAACGAACGAACCAGAGCUGGACUGUAAACGGACCUCUAGAUAUGGACACUGCCAGGGAGCCA